CUGCUAUCUGAGUCGUUGGGAACCAACAACAUCUGACCGUCGUCAAUUUUUCUACUGAUCAAUCCUCACACAACGUCACGAUGAAGCUUCUUAACUGCUCCACCCUUCGCAUCGAGGAGAUGCAUUGGGCAAGAAAGCAGGAACUCGAAGACCAGGGGAUUUCAACAGCCUACGCUAUCCUUUCUCAUCGAUGGGAGAGCGAUGAGGAUGAGGUCACCUUCGAAGACAUGGCCAGUGCCGACAUAAGGUCCAAAAAGCUGCUUGGGUGGUCGAAGAUUGAGAAAACUUGCGCCAAGGCACUCGAGAUCGGGAUCGGAUACGCCUGGAUAGACACUUGUUGCAUCGAUAAGCGGAACCUCACCGAACUUACUGAAGCCAUCAACUCAAUGUUCAGGUGGUAUGCAGAGGCGGAGAUUUGCUUCGCGUAUCUCUCGGAUGUCGGUCGAGGAGGUGACUUGGCGAAAUCCAUGUGGUUCACCAGAGGCUGGACCCUUCAGGAGCUCAUCGCUCCGGGCAAAAUGGAAUUCUACGACAAGAAUUGGAAUGCAAUUGGCAGCCGGUUCAACCUCUCACGACAAAUUCAAAUGCGAACAUCCAUCAACGCUGAAAUCUUGAGACACGACUCAUCGACGCACGAAAGUAUUCAGGAUCUCCUGGCCGGUAUUCCAGUGGGCCGGCGCAUGUCGUGGGCUGCUGGUCGCCAGGCAAAGAAAGAGGAAGAUCGCGCUUACUCACUCUUAGGCAUCUUUGGCGUCAGCAUGCCUUUGCUUUAUGGGGAAGGCAACCGAGCUUUCAUUCGUCUACAGGAAGAGAUCAUCAAGGAGACCAACGACAUGUCACUGUUCGCUUGGUGUGAUCCCACAGUCACUUGCAUAGAUGACUUAGAAGAGCUUCGUGGCAUCCUCACCACUACUCCGGAUCAUUUCCGCGGUUGUUGCAAUCUAACAUUCCUAAGCGAUCCAAGACGUGGCCCAGAGUUUUCGAUGACAAACAAGGGUCUCCGCCUUGAAUCCAAGCUUUUUGCAUUUGGCGAAGGCCUUUAUUUUCUUGGGCUAGGUUGUCGAAAGAUUGAAGGUUCCAACCAUGAAUACCAGGGCAUUUUGCUCCAUCAGCUCAGCAAUGAGAGCUAUGUCAGAACGAGACCGGAAAGGCUCUAUGCUAGCAGCUGCGCAUCCGAAAGCCGGCCAUUCGAAAAGAAGGUUCUCUUCAUUGCUAAGGAAUUCAAUAUGGGCCUACAGGCAGAGAAUUUGUGGAUUCCUGGCCGUAAUAUCAAGUUCUGCAUCGACGAUAAGCGACCAAAAUUGCAUGUAAUGCUGCGCAAGACUUCACCAUUUUUGGUUGCUUGGAUCUCGUCCACACUUACUUUUGAGAGCUGCGACCUUUGGGAAUUUGAAGGAGCAGUAGAGAUCAAGUCUGGGAAUGGAAUUAAGUUCACAUUGAUCUUUGGAUUCGACGCGCAACAUGACUUCUGGAUUUAUCGGGAUGAAAAGGCUCUCAGUGGCCAUUGGAUGAAACCUGAGGAUUACAUGCCCGCAGGGCAUGGAUUUAAGGUAGAAAAGGGAUUGGAAGACGGGAUACCAACUAUAUUCAUCCACCUGUUCCGUACCGAGGCUUUUGUGGAGAGAUCUAUUUAA